AUGGAUUGAGCUUCCCUGGCCUGUAGCAGUGGGUGGGAAGAUCUGGGAGUAGAGGCAGCUGAUGCAUAACACACAGGACAUUGGCAAGCUGCAGCUGACACCAUGGAUUUCAAUGUGAAGAAGCUAGCCUCUGAUGCCGGGAUAUUCUUCACCAGGGCAGUGCAGUUUACAGAGGAGAAGUUUGGUCAAGCUGAGAGGACUGAGCUAGAUGCUCACUUUGAGAACCUAUUGACAAGAGCUGACAGUACAAAGAACUGGACUGAGAAGAUACUGCGCCAGACAGAGGUUCUCUUGCAGCCCAAUCCUAGUGCACGGGUUGAAGAGUUCUUGUAUGAGAAGUUGGACAGAAAAAUCCCUUCUCGAGGGACCAAUGGGGAAUUGCUGGGCCAGUACAUGACAGAGGCUGCCAAUGACUUUGGACCAAGCUCCCCUUAUGGACAAACGCUCAUCAAGGUUGGAGAGACUCAGAAGCGUUUAGGAAUUGCUGAGAGAGACUUCAUUCACUCUUCUUCAAUCAAUUUCUUGACCCCUCUGCGCAAUUUCCUGGAGGGUGACUGGAGAACUAUUUCUAAGGAGAGAAGAAUCUUGCAGAACCGUCGUUUAGAUCUUGAUGCUUGCAAAGCACGACUUAAGAAGGCAAAAGCAGCAGAGGCCAAAGCCUCGCUCGAGGGGGAUGCUUUGCCUGACUUUCAGGAGACCCGUCCUCGUAAUUACGUACUGUCGGCCAGUGCGUCAGCGCUUUGGAGUGACGAGGUGGACAAGGCAGAACAUGAGUUGCGAGUGGCACAAACAGAGUUUGAUCGCCAAGCUGAAGUCACCAGACUGCUGCUGGAAGGAAUUAGCAGUACACAUGUCAACCACCUCCGCUGUUUGCAUGAGUUUGCAGAAGCCCAGGCUACAUAUUAUGCCCAAUGCUAUCAGUACAUGGUGGACCUGCAGAAACAGUUGGGCAGCUCAAAGGGUGAUGUAUUUCCAUCUACAUUUGUGGGCAAUGCAGAUGGCAUGUCGCCACCUCUCAGCACCUCACCACCAGCUGCCACUCUGCCGCUGCUCCAAGCUGUGAGUCCCAAUCCUGCAGACGGAACCCUAAACCCAUCAGAGGUGAAGCCACCUUCCAGUGGUACACGUAAAGCCAAGGUUCUGUAUGAUUACGAGGCAGCAGACAGCAGUGAGCUGGCGCUCAAGGCAGAUGAGUUAAUUACCGUUUAUAGCCUCCCUGGCAUGGACCCAGACUGGCUCAUUGGAGAACGAGGGAACAAGAAAGGAAAAGUACCAGUUACCUACCUGGAGCUCCUCAGCUAGACUAGAGUUUUACAGAUGUGCAGAAUCUCUCAACAAGCCAAUUGCUCCUAGGGGCCGACUCAUUGCUCCGAGGCUGCUGCUGCUUCAAAUCCCAGUUCAUCUGUCGUUGCAAGUUCCCUUUUUCACACACAGCCCUUCUUGUAACUGAUCAGCCUCCAGUUUUAAUGACUGAGCAGCACAGAUGUAAGUUAACUGCCUCACACUGUGCAUUACUAAACUUUAGUCUGCUGUUCAGGGAACUGUUCACCUUUCAUGACCAAACUGGCUUGUGCUAAAGUCCCAGAAGUCAAAUCUCCCAAAGCGCAUUUCCAAUGAGGCCGCAAGCCAAGAUGGCAGCAGCUUCCACAGUGCUGAGUCAUUGGUGGUUAAUGAGUCCCAACAUUUUGUUAUUUAGUCAGGGUGGAGUUCUGUACAUUUUAGUUCCUACUACUAUAAAAAAAAAUCUCUUUGUGGGGCAUGUUUGGUUUUCAGAAUUUUCUUCUAGUAUAAAAAGGAAAAAAAAUCACUUUAGCACCACUAUGCAGAGAGAAUGUAUCUGACGGGAAAUAUUCUGUGACUUUCUUAGUCCCUUUUAGAGCCAAGCCAUCUUUGUACACAUUCCUUUGUAUCAAUAGUUCCCCUCUGCCCCCCCCCCCCCCAGCUUUUUAUAGAGAUAACUGCCGACUGGAAUACAUAUUGUGUUCCUUUCAAAUAAGAUGUAUAUCCUGCAAACAAAAAGUAUAUAAUAGUCAAAAUGACUUCUGUACCUGGGUGCAGUCCUUGGAUACUCUUUAAUGAGGACAUGUCAAAUUGAAAAAGAGAUGAUGUUGGAAGAGUUAUGUCAUAUAUAUUUGAUAUACAUAGCUUGUUAUCUACCCCUUAUUGUUCAGGUAGGUUUACUCACCAUCUACCAUUAUGAAUGGGAAAUGGCGUCAUAUUUUUCUAGGAGUUAUGCUUUCUGUUUUUACUUCAUUACAGAAGAUUCUUAUAGGCUUUGAGGGAACUAGCGAAGCUUCCUGGGCCAUUCUAAUAAAUUGGCACGUGCCACAUUAACAAAGUUGCUGGACCUGAUUUAGAUCUCUCUGCACUACUCAGAUUGGAGCAGUUUCCAAUAUAGAAUGUGAUGUGAAGUGUUCGUGGGUAAGCUGGCAGACCGCUCUCUGCCUUUGCAGUGAACACAUUACAUAGAGAAAGCCCCUGGCUGUUACUCCCAGCAAAUGCAGGUUAACAGUCUUCAUCCUCCCUCUCAGCUGGGGGGGGGGGGCAAAUUAUGGUAGGCAUAGGGAGCUAGAGUAAGCGGCUGCUUAUGAUCGUCUGGCACAGAAAAACAAAACCGAUCACACCUAAACGACGACAGAGCUUGUCCCCUUCAUUCACAAGAGUAGUGCAGACUUUAUGCCUGUGCCACUCGUUCCUCAUUAUUUCCCCCCCUUUUGAUUUUUUUAAACAGUAAGACUUGGCCUUAAAAGAAAAGAAAAUCUAGUAUUUAUCUACUGUCUGUGUGGAUACUUUUCUAGUAUAAUGGAACAUUUUCUUCUAGCAAAAGUAAUUAAACUUUUUCUUACUGCCCUCUCUCUCUCUAUAUAUAUAUCAGACUUGCUGAAACUGUACCUUCCUGUGUGACAAACAUGGGGCAGUAUCUGUGCUGCAUGGAUAGUCUUGGCAAUAUGGACACUGCACUCUAAACUGAAUCAGUCAAUUGUCGUUCCUAUGAACAAAUAAAGCUAGGGCAGCUUAUGCCUCCGAAUAUUUGGGGUUAUAAAGAGUUUUUUUGGGAUAUUUUCUAUUUUUACCAUAGUCUGAAUGGACUAUAAAAAAAAUAUUUUCUCUAUAUUCCCCUUUACUUUAUUUGGUAUUUAGAGUGAACACAGCCUCACUGAGCUCAGUUAACACUCCCCUCCUUUAGUAAGGCAUCACCUCUACAUAUCAUUACUGGGAUGAAUAAAAACAGAAGACACACCUCAUCCUAGUGACCAGCCUACCUUUCCCCUCCCCGUAGCAUCCCUACAAAAUGACAGGUCCUCGUUAAAGUGCUCCUAAUCUCUGUUUUUUAAAUCUUAAGCAUACUAUAAUUUUCUUUCAAAGUUUAUAUCCUAUUAUAGGAACAAGGCUGUAUAGAUUGGAUUCUUUGGUCCAAUGACAUGUACUCUGCCUAUGAGGAACAGAAUGCAUUCAUUGAAAUAGUUUGUUUUUGAACAAAUCUUGUUGCCAGUAGCAACAAUAUUCAUCCUUUCAAUCUCCCAUACACCACAAGAAUGUCAGAAUCUUAUUGGAUCAUGUGAGUUGCAAGGACAGUUCUUUCCUCACACACUUGGUGAGAAGCCCCACUAUGAUCAGUUGAGUUCUAUUUUCUCAUCUUCCUACACUGGUCUCCAGCUCUGAAAGUGCUUUGUUACUGCAACACAAAAUGGCUACUGUACUGUCCCCUCCCCCUCCUCCCACUAGGGGCCGGACUCUCUCCAGCAAUUCUGGGUCUGCUGUUAUGUUCCCGACUUUUCUAACAAGGUGCAGGUAAACCAAAAGGCCCACUGCUUCACACAUAUGUAAUGAUUUUUCUUUUAUUCUUGUGUGUUAAUUUAUUGCCUGUCUGCAUUUUACUGUCUGUGUUUGAUUAGAUAUAUUAAUAAAUUAAGUCAUUCCUGCAUA